CUCCUUCUUCUGCCUUACAACUCUCAAAGCAACAAAAAUCUUGGAUGUUUCAUGCUUCGGUUGCCCCUGAACCCGCUAUCGUCACAAGCAUGGUAUCUCGACCACCGAAGCCUGUAUGCUCUAGAUCCGCUACACAACCAGCCCUCACCCCCAUUUAGAUAUCACGUGACUAUGAUUAGAUAGCGCCCCAAGCUUGGACGGCUCUGCCUUUCUUCCCGUAGCUCACACCGUUUAUUGACCCCUUCCUCCAAUUGAGCCAGCACCCUCGUCUACCUCACACAGCUUGCCAUCCUCAUCUCGAUGUCCGAUUCAGACUUCCAUUACGUCUCUCUGGAUGACUUACCCACGCCGCCGUCCGAAGCUCAGCCAGCCUCGCCGUACCAUGCCGCCGCUGACGCCUAUAUCCGUUUCACGAACGAAAACCCCACCACCUAUCACGUAGUGGAACACUUUUCUGCCCUCUUAACUGCCCAUGGCUUUACUUAUGUGGCUGAGAAUAAAUCCUGGGACCUCUCCCCGGGCCGCUACUUCACCACGCGGUCCGGGACCAGCUUGUGCGCCUUUGUGGUUGGCGAGGACUGGAAGCCUGAGUACGGCUUUGGGGCUAUCGGCUCGCAUAUCGACUCCCUCACGGUUAAACUCAAGCCUUUCUCUGCUAAGGCUAACGUUGACGGCUAUUGCCUCCUUGGGGUGGCUCCGUAUUCUGGCAGUUUGAACGACUUGUGGUUGGAUCGAGACCUUGGUAUCGGCGGAAAAGUCCUUGUCAAAGUUGCUGGCGGUAAGACUGAGUCCCGACUUGUUUCUUCGGCCCCAUCUCCCGUGGCACGGAUUCCUAGCUUAGCUAAGCACUUUGGGUGGAACGGUACCUACAACAAAGAGACGCAAAUGGUGCCUGUUAUGGGGUACUCUAGCGAGCCUACCCCUACCGACCUGGAGAAAACGGCUCCAUUAUACGGGAAACACUCUCUCGGAUUACUCCGCUACAUCGCGAACUUGGCAAAAACUGCGGUCGAAGACGUUGUCCAGGUAGACCUCGACUUGUUUGACGUUCACAGGGCCACCGUAGGGGGUUUAUCGCAGGAGUUCAUCUUUGGUCCCAGAACCGAUGAUCGUUUGUGUUCGUUUGCCGCUGUCUGGGGGUUGCUUUCCUCACUUGAAGAUCCCUCUGACAGUCUUUCCAGCUCCUUCAGUAUUGCGUGUUUAUUUGACAACGAGGAAAUUGGCUCUGGAACCCGGCAGGGCGCGCGCGGAGGCCUUCUCCAGGCGGUGGUAGAACGUGUCUCUGCUGCCAACGCUAAGGCUAAAGAUCUCUCGCGUGCUACCGCGGCUGUUGUGUACGCCAAUUCGUUCAUUGUCUCGGCUGACGUUACCCAUUGUCUCAAUCCCAACUUCAAGAACGUGUAUCUCGCAAACCACUAUCCUAUUCCUAAUACCGGCAUCACCGUGAAGAGCGAUCCUAACGGCCAUGUCACAACGGAAAGCAUCGGACUCACAGUUGUGCAAGGGCUCGCGGAUUUAAACGGAGACAAACUCCAGCCGUUCCAUAUCCGCAACGACGGACGGUCGGGAGGCACCAUCGGGCCAUUUAUCAGUUCAGAUACCGGUGCCCGAACCAUCGACGUGGGGAUUUGCCAGUUGAGCAUGCACAGUAUUAGAGCCAUGUUUGGGAGGGAUGACGUUGGUUUAGGUGCUAAGUUCUUUGCUGGGUUUUACCGUAACUGGAGAGAGGUUUACGAUACAGUCGGGGAUCUUUAGCGCGUGGCUAAGGCGGUGUGGUGGUCAAGACUCUGGUGGCGCACCGUGGUCUAAUAAAUAAAAAUUGUAAAUGAUAGUGUUAGCUGGUUUGACCGUAAGGAUAGUGAUCCUUUUCUAGCAUAAUGAAUGAAUGUGUGACUUAA